AUGGAUAUUUCUCCAUAUGCAGUCAAGGCGGAGAGUAUCGACGCACUCUCAGUCUCGCCAACACUUGUACAAGGCCGGGCCAGCUACACUGUGGCGACCGACGUCGGCCACUCGCCUCCUGGGGUAAUUCAACUCCGUAGCUCAGCUUUGAAUAUCGAAACCGUCAAUCUAGCGCGGCAAACUUAUGGAGAUUUCGUCCCUGGAUGCGAGUUACGUGACAUGUUAGGCCAUGUCUACGUGUACGUCAUGGAUCUUGUCCAAGGCGUUGCUUUUUGUCGAGCCCGACAUCAGCUCCUCGCCCCUGUCAUGAAACACUGUUUGCUUCAGACUACACAGGAUUUUGCAAGCCCUUCCUUUCAACCAAAACUAGAAGAGAUCCGUGAAGGUCAUCCACUGCUCUUUCGACCAGACUACCGCAUGGUGCUCAACCACGACGACCUCCUCGAGAUGAAUAUUCAUGUGGAUGAAAACACCGGCCGCAUCACGGGUAUUGUUGUUGACUGGGAAGAUGCUGUUAUUAGUCCUUUCGCCACGUCCUUGGGUGGUCUCGAAACAAUUCUAGGCAUACAAACAUCAACAAGCUACUACUUCCAUCCUGACCACGAAUUCCUCCGGACGUCGUUUUGGGAAACUCUUUACGAAACAGUUGGUUGCGUUUCAGACGAGGACAGACGAGCGAUUGGAGUUGGGAGACUCUUGGGUCUGUUACGAACUCACGGCUUUGAUCGGCGUCCUGAAAAAGAGAACGCGCAGCCUCUUGUACUUGGCGACCCGGAUCUGGUCUGUCUCGAGGCAAUGUUGUCUAUCCGUUCACAUUGCGAAUAG